AUGCUCCUCCGUUGCUAUGAGCUCAAGGACUCCAUCAAUCGAUUCAUCCGCUACCUAACCCGUGGCAGUGCCGAUGACGAUCUUGAUUAUAGCCCUCUUACUGAUGCCUUCACCGACGAUGAUUGGGGUAAGGUUUCUGAGCUUGUUGACUUUCUCCAGGCUCCGUACGAACUCACCAAACGCCUUGAGGGCUCCAUGAGCGCAUCAGGCUUUGGCUCUUUAAGGCAAACUUUGCCUAACUUGCAGGCUUUGUGGGUGCACUACAAUGAGCCAAGCAAGCGCGCAGAAGAAGGCCAAGAUCGAUAUAUUGUCACUGUUAUAUCGUAUGGGAAGCUCAAGCUUGACUACUACUUGACACAAUCUUGA